GCAUACACAAAAUACUAAUAAGAAUUUAUGACAUUUAUCGAAUGAUUCGUUUAUCACGUGUGAUUGAUUAGCAAUAAAACACAAUAAGUUGAUCGGAUUUGAGAAUGACUGUAUUUCAUGAUGAGGUUGAAAUUGAAGAUUUUGAGUAUGAUGAAGAUGAAGAAAUGUAUUAUUAUCCAUGUCCAUGUGGUGACAGAUUUCAAAUCAGUAAGGAGGAACUGAUGGCUGGGGAAGAAGUUGCAACAUGCCCAAGCUGUUCCCUCGUUGUAAAAGUUAUUUAUGAUUUGGAGAAAUUCAAGGCAGAAUCAGAGGAAAUUCAGAAAGACUCUGGUGAUAAAGAGGCUGUGAAAGCUUGAGAAAAUAAUGGAAGGCCGCAAGGUCGGAAUUGAAUAAAUAAGUGUUCUUCAGGAUCUGCAGCAAGUCACAUGGAAUAAAAAGCUGUGAACGAAACCAAUAAAAGAUGUAUAAUGAAAAUAUGUUUAAUUGAUUACACUAAAUCCAUUACUGUCUGUGAUAAAGAAUAGGUAUGUUAAGUUGACAAGCCUUUAUUUUAACAGAUAUAAAACUAAGAAAUAGAUCACAUUUAUCAGUUCAGCUGUUAACUUGAGAGAAAAUCAAGCGAUAAAAAAAUAGUUUGUAACUGGAAUUUUUAUAUGGAUAUUAUGCAGGUGUUAAAUAAAAUUCUAUCAAAACGGAAAUGUUAUAAGUUGCAAUAUAAAUAAUGGAAAAAUAAAAUACAAAACUUUCAAAAUUGUCAUUUAUUUUACACUAUUCAUACAAUUUACACACAAUUUCUUACAUAUUGUUGAAGCACUGCAAAAUAUCAGAGAAAUUGUCACUGAAACAUGCAAUAUUUAUCUUAACAUAUUUCUAUGGACAAAGAAAAAAUACAUGUUUCAAGACAAUCUCAUGAUGCAUUGCAUAGUGUAUUAAGUCAGUGAUAUUUGUCCUUAAAACUACUGGAUCUCAUUUAUAGUACAUAAUACAAGGAAAGCAAAAAUAAAAUGCGUUUGACUAGCUACAGAUAAUAUUCUCUAGAUUUGCUAUUAAAGUUUAUAAAUAUUGUCUAUUUUUAACUUUUUAUAAUGUAAUUAUGCAAAUAUUUAUAUGUACCUAUCUAUAACAUCUAAAUGUCUGGAAAACAAUAAUCAAUACUAAUAAGUACAUUGUGUAAUACUAAACAUGAUAAACUUAUAAAAAAUAAUACUUUUAAGUGUAUAUUUUAAGAUAUUCAUAAGUAUUCAAUAUUUAAAACAUAUUUAUUUUCAAUUUGAUUCUUUACAUAAUCGUUACAUUUAAAAAUAUUAAUUAGGGCAGUAAGCUGUCACAUGGUUUCUAAAUAGUAAGUGUUUGUAAGCAUAAUUACAUAGAAAUUUUGGGUAUAUACAAAAUUGAUAUAGCUGUGUAAUAUACUGUAUGGUUUUUUAAGAAUCUC